GCCCUUUUUCUCUGCAUGUGUGGACACCCUCUGCUUUGUUACCUCCUGGAGCCUAAAGGGAGCUUCAAGCUGUUCUUUUUACAGCUCUCCUUCUUUCUUUCCCUCACAGCGAAGGACUACGAGAAUGCAGUCAAGUAUUACACCCAGGCCAUUGAACUGAACCCCACCAAUGCCAUCUAUUAUGCCAACCGCAGUCUGGCCUACCUGCGGACGGAAUGCUAUGGCUACGCCCUGGCAGAUGCCACAAAGUCCAUCGACUUGGACAAAAAAUACAUCAAAGGCUAUUACCGCCGAGCGACCAGCAACAUGGCCUUGGGGAAGUUCAAAGCAGCCUUGCGGGACUACGAGACGGUUGUGAAGGUGAAGCCAAACGAUAAGGAUGCCAAGAUGAAGUACCAGGAGUGCCACAAGAUUGUGAAGCAGAAAGCGUUUGAGCGAGCCAUUGCCAGUGAUGAGCACAAGCGAUCGGUGGUCGACUCCCUGGACAUAGAGAACAUGACUAUCGAGGACGAGUACAGUGGCCCGAAACUAGAGAAUGGGAAGGUGACCUUGGAAUUCAUGAAGGAACUGAUGCAGUGGUACAGGGAGCAGAAGAAGCUCCACAGGAAAUGUGCAUAUCAGAUCUUGGUGCAAGUGAAAGAGGUUCUGUCUAAGCUCCCCACCCUUGUAGAAACCACGUUAAAAGAGACAGAGAAAAUUACUGUCUGUGGAGACACCCAUGGGCAGUAUUAUGACCUUCUGAAUAUAUUUGAGUUGAAUGGGCUGCCGUCGGAAAAUAAUCCAUAUAUAUUCAAUGGGGAUUUUGUUGACCGUGGUUCCUUCUCCGUGGAGGUGAUACUAACCCUCUUUGGUUUCAAGCUGCUAUAUCCAGAUCAUUUCCACUUACUCCGAGGGAACCAUGAAACGGACAACAUGAAUCAGAUCUACGGGUUCGAAGGCGAGGUCAAAGCCAAGUACACGGCUCAGAUGUUUGAGCUCUUCAGUGAAGUCUUUGAAUGGCUGCCCUUGGUGCAGUGCAUCAACGGCAAAGUUUUGAUAAUGCAUGGUGGACUCUUCAGUGAAGACGGCGUCAUGUUAGACGAUAUAAGGAAGAUUGAGAGGAAUCGUCAGCCUCCAGACUCAGGUCCCAUGUGUGACUUGCUCUGGUCAGACCCCCAACCCCAGAACGGCCGGUCAGUCAGCAAGCGGGGCGUGAGCUGUCAGUUUGGGCCUGAUGUCACCAAGAGUUUCCUGGAGCGCAACCAUUUAGACUACAUCAUUCGCAGCCAUGAGGUGAAGCCUGAGGGCUACGAGGUGGCUCACGAUGGGAAGUGUGUCACUGUCUUCUCGGCCCCCAACUACUGUGACCAAAUGGGUAAUAAAGGGGCCUACAUCCAUUUGCAAGGCUGGGACCUGCGGCCAGAGUUCCACCAGUUCACAGCAGUGCCUCAUCCGAACAUUAAGCCAAUGGUUUAUGCCAACUCGCUGCUGCAGCUGGGAAUGAUGUAAGCUGCCUUCCACCACUGCUGACCGGCCCCCUCCCAGCCCGCCUGGAAGUCCACACACUGGGCAGGGACAGUGAUUUUGUUCUGUUUCCCCCCCCCUUUUUUUUUUUAACAUUUCUCCCAACAUCAGCCUUCACUACGAAGCAGGAUUGUGUUGCAGGCAGGGGGACGGGGCAGGGCGGGGCAGCCAAGGGGCAGCGGAGGCGCUGAGAAGUCCG